AUGAAACCUAAGUUGUACGUGGCAAUAUUCCUGUGGGUUAUCUUCUUGAAAAUUAACGUGGUUCUAAAGCAGGAAGAGCUGGUUCUCGGGCCCUCUUCUCCGAUUGAUUGCCUGCAGCUCAAAUCUUCUGUCUGCACACCGCCACUAUACUACUUUCACAAAUCAUGGAUAGAGACCCCAGAUGUCCUAGAGCACUUUGAAUACGACGCGAUGCUUAUCAAAGGGUAUGCAAAAUGGGAUAUAUCCCCUGCCUCGCUUGUAGCCAAAAAGGCCUGCGACCUACCCUCCACCAAGCAAACGCCCACUAUCGAUGUCACCAUCGCAGAAUCAUUGCCAGGAAAGCUGAAACUUUCCGAUGACCCUGCACUGCGAUUCAGUUCUGAAGACCGAGGGGACUAUAUUUGUCUGUUCGUGCUGGGAUGGUCGUAUAUUCUGUCUGUCCGUCUGAUCGAUCUACAUGGAAAGGAUUCAGAUGAUCGCGUCUCAUACACCGGAAAUCUUGCCGAAAGCUAUGUAAAUGGCAACAAGCCUGAGAGCUCUCGAGUUGCCAUUGACCUGAAUGUUGUCACUGAAGAUCAUGCAGAGCUGCGAUGGUGGAUUCAGUUCUUGCUGAUGGCGAAGGCUGGCAGGCAAUACUUUCCCAAGGAGUAUCGUCCACUAUGGGAGUUCCAUCUUCGGGAUGCUUGCUUCAUUCUCUCGCACAAUGUAGAUCUUCAACCCCAUGCGUGCCAGCCUCAACCCCCAUCGUCCGAGGAAGCCCAAAAUAAUCUUUUCAACUUUGCACGGCUCAAUGGCAUCUUUUACCAGCUCAUAAUUGACCAGCUCAUAAUUGGACUAGCCUCUGUUAUGACCCUUCCGUCAUGCAAUAGGUGGGGAAAUCAUCCAAAGUAUCUCCCGAUGCCGAGGAAACCUACCAAAUCUUGUGAGAGUGAUAUCACAGAAGCGCUGUACCAUGAUAAUCUACCCAGUCUCUCCGAAAUCCCUAAUUUUAUGGCGCUCUCUGCUUUUCCAGUGACUAUUGGUCCAGGGUUGGCAAAUAGCCUCUGGGAACAAGAUAUUUCCUGCAAUCUAGUCAGCGAGUGGUUGAACCCAGUCUUCAAGGAUAUAAUCCCACUUCUCUUGCAGAAGAAAUACCACAAAACAAUCGUUUGCGCCAUGUCUGAACGGAGACCGAUAUGGCGCCCCUUUGGAUGGGAUCGGUUGUCACGGGAUUGCUACCAAGGGUGCUUAUUGAAGCAAAGAAUCUAA